UGCGCACAUUGACCGAGACACCCAAAGAAUUUGGCAUAAAAUAUUUAGAAUUUUAAUGAAAAUAGGAAGCGUUUCUUCACACCAGUGCAUUCUUAGAAUUAGCCCCACGGUAAAAUACACUAUGACCUGAGAGGCUGCAAAAAAACUGAAGCGAUCGAGGCAGUAAACGUACAAAAUGGCGACGGAAAAUGAACUCGAAUUGACAGGUAUAAGACAGAUGAAAACCCAAGUCUCUGAGGGUGGUCAGUCAGAAACAGAACAUGGCAGCAAGACAGCGGGAACCGGAGCUGUACCGAAGGAACGUGAAAGGAAGAUUGGACAUAGAAGAGUGGAUGAGAAGACGGGAACUGUCACAUAUAAAAAGAAACCAACCAGUGAGUUGAUGGCCGCCAUACAGUUAGGAAUUGGACAAAGUGUGGGUGGUUUGUCAUCUAAACCAGAGAGAGAUCUUCUAAUGCAAGAUUUUGGCGUCGUUCAGAGUGUUUUCUUUCCCAGUGAAGGCAGCAACAUGACGCCGGCCCAUCAUUAUAGUGAUUUUCGUUUUAAGACGUAUGCUCCCAUGGCUUUUCGUUACUUUCGUGAACUGUUCAACAUUCGUCCCGAUGAUUUUAUGUUAUCCCUGUGUGAUGACUCCCUAACAGAGUUAUCUAAUCCUGGUGCUGGAGGCAGUAUAUUCUAUAUCAGUGAAGAUGAUGAAUUUAUUAUCAAAACUGCACAACACAAGGAGGCCAACUUUCUCCAGAAAUUACUGCCUGGUUAUUACAUGAAUUUGAAUCAAAAUCAAAGGACACUUCUACCAAAAUUCUACGGGUUAUACUGUUAUCAGUGUGGUGGUAAAAAUAUCCGCUUUGUAGUCAUGAACAACAUUCUACCUUCUGUCGUGAAAAUGCACGAGAAAUACGACCUGAAAGGCAGUACACACAAAAGAAAGGCGUCAAAAAGUGAGCGGGCGAAAAGUUCUCCGACCCUUAAGGAUCUGGACUUCAAUGAGAUACACCCAGAAGGUCUAAUGUUAGAGAAGGACACAUACGAGGCAUUAAUAAGAACUAUACAGCGGGACUGUAGAGUUUUAGAAAGUUUUAAAAUCAUGGAUUAUAGUUUAUUGGUAGGAAUCCACAAUCUAGAUAUAGCUAAAAAAGAAAAGAGGACAACAGACUCCGCGAGAUGUAAUGAAUCUUCUACGGGUACCAGCAGCGGAUUAAGUAGUUCACAGGGAACCAGUUACUCGGAGACUCCAGAUGGUAAAACAAGAGUUGGUCUGGCCCGAGGGAAGUCAAUGAGAACCAAGGUGACACAGUAUUCCACACCAAUGGAAUCUAUUCAGGCAGAAGUACGUGAUAUGUUAGAGGAGUUUGAUGAUGAUGACAUUCCACCCGGAGGUAUCCCGGCUAAGAACGCGAAGGGUGACAGACUUUUACUCUACCUCGGUAUUAUAGAUAUUCUCCAGUGUUAUAGGUUCAGGAAGAAGUUUGAACAUACAUUCAAAUCCAUGAUUGCUGAUGGGGACACUAUAUCAGUGACAAGGCCUAGUUUUUAUGCAGAACGAUUCCAGAAAUUCUUCACAAACACAGUGUUCAAAAAGGCACCAUCACUGGAGCAGCCCACUUUCAAAGCGACCCAACGAUUUCGGAAACUUGUUGGACUAGGUGGUCACACAUGGAUGGGGAUAGGCGAUUUUAAAGGUUCAAACGCAUUAAAGCAUUCUCCCUCUAAAAGAAAACCCGGUGAACGUGGUCCAAGGUCAUCUAGUAUGAACGAGGAUAGAGAACAUAUUCCAGGUACUAUGGGUGCUAGACCAGAUUUGUUGAUGGGCAGCGCUACUCCCCCGCCCUCGUUUUCAGAAGCUACAAAACCGCCCGAUAGAGCAACCACUGCCCCAUUACCUGUUAUAAGAUCGUCAGAGGAAUUACAAAGAUCUGAUCGUUCAUAUUUCCAAACAAUCUCACAACAAGAGGAGACAACUCUGUCACGAGGUUCAAGUAGCACGAAGGUUCGACACUCACCCCUCAGUGUGUCCGAGUCCACUCCAACUUACACAGAAUUCACAGAGGGUACGCCAAGUUAUACGCCCUCAAGUCCCUCAUGUAGCAGUGAAGUUCUUGAUACCACAAUUCCAAAUUUACCACAUGACAGUUUGUCUGCAGACAACUCGCCGUCGCGGGUAAUGGCAGCGAGCAGUAGUACAGAAACGUCGUAUUAUAGCACAGUGUCUCACCUGGAUAUUAGAGAUACGCUUCCAGAUUCUAACGUUAAGAUAGUUUCGAAAUCGGAGGAACGUUUUAGCAAUAGUCAGACUGUUUCAAAUAAUAGCGCUGUACACAAUAAUGGCAAUAUAAGUCGUAGUGAUGUAAACCAGACCAGAGGGACGGUGAUAGAAAUUGCACCGAUCUCGCCCAAUUCCGAUAGCAAUAUACCGAAUGAACCAAGAAUAAGUGUCGUUUCGCACAAGAGUGCAGACUCGUUCUCAUCACAAGCAAUGUCGACUGGUUAUACUGAAUCUAUUGUAAGUUCCACAACAGAACCGUCUGUCGUAUCAGAACAAAGUGAUAGUACUGAAUUCUCUACAAAUGUUGCUGGAAAUGAUAAAGAAAUUGUACGGUCAAAAUAUAGUGAUACAGAUUGCUAUAAGGUGAAAGAUGAAACGUUUAAUUCCGACGUCGGAAAUGAAGUGGAAGAAUCGCAGAAUUAGAAAGGGGGACUUUGACAUAUUUAUGAACUGAGCAAUUUCAUUGGACAAAGGCAAUACCAUUAUGUCUCAUUUGAUUGGAUAAUUCAACAGAGCUUGUGAAGAAUCAACCAAUCAGUGAAGUCGAGAGAAACUAGGACUGUGUAUUGCUGAACAUUUAACAUUUAGAUCAGUAGACCUGAUCUGUAGUGAUGAUAUUUAGCAUUUUCUAUGUCUUUCUGUCAUAAGCUCACAUCGUUUUACCCACAUCAGCUUUCUAGAAGUGCAGGAUUUGACUUUUUGUACUUC